GAGCCCGCAUGAGCCGGCCCGACUUCCGCGAAAUCUGGUGGGAUGCUGCUACAUACCGGCACCAGGCCACGGGGCAAGAUGGGCAGGGCUACAUAUGUAAGAGCACGCACGCUACUGCUGCUGCUCACUGCUCACUGCUCACUGCUCACUGGCGUGUACGGCCGCCCGUUCCUGGGAGCUAGCCGCGACCUGGAGGCGGGUGUGGUGGUGCCCCCCAGCCUCAUCAGCGGCAACAUGGUGCGCUGCAUGGGCUGGAACGUGGCGGGCGCCGCCGUGUGCGCCAUGGGCCUGCAGCUGGCCGUCAGCGGAGGACUGAUGACGGCGGUGCCCUUCAGCCCGGCCGCAAGCGCCAACGCCCUGGUGGCGCUGGACCAGAUGGCGGUGCAGGCUGCCUCCCUUAUGCUGCUCAGCCACCUGAGCUCCCUGGCCUACCUGAACCUGAUGUUUAAGUACAUCCGCGCGGCCCGCUACCCCUCUGGCGGCCUAGCGCUUGGCUCCUACGACGGCAUUUCACCCCACUGAGCCCGCCUGCUCGGACACAUAUGAUACGCGGUCUUAUCAGGCCGCGACAGAGUGUGGCGACGCCCCAUAACACAGGAGCAUUGCCGCGUGGUCUUGUGCACGGAUCCGUUGGGCCUAGCGGUUGGCAUUACGACUGUCUUGCCUGCCGGUUGUAUCUUGGCUGUGGGCCAGCUGACUGCAUGGCGAAUGCAGUUCGCAUGAUUGCGGUUGACGCAAAUUGUCGUACGCCGUGUGAGAAGGAAUUUGCGUUGCAGCAGGCGGUGACGACACCGUUGUGUAGGCUAAUUGUGUAGCGUGGGUGGUGGGCUGCAUGUCUUGCACACGUAGGUGACGUUUGUGCCGUAACAUCAAACAAGUGUUCCCCGGUCACGGGAAA